GGAGCCAUUUCACCACAUGAAAGCCCGAUGAGCUGAACGACCAACAUCCGACUUGUUCAAAUCAGCUUUGAGGAGCUCCACGGCGCACAGACACGCACACUUCUUCCUCUUUCUUUCUUUCUUUCUCCGUGGAAGAGAGAGAGAGAGAGAGAGAGAGACAGAGAGAGAGAGAGAGAGAGAGAGAACUCCCAACUCUCCCAUGUGGAAAGCAGAGGUUUGGAGAUAAGGUGUAUUUCUACUCCUCCCCCUCUGUCCCUCUCUUUUUCCCCUCUCAGUGUUUUCUUUUUUUCCCCCCAUUCUUUUCUUUUUUUUUUCUCCCCUUUUUGCUUGGAUAUUUUUGUAUUUCUAUGAAAGUCUCGGUCGGGAAGAAGAUAAGUUUGGUUGUUUGCCUGGUCGGCUGAGGAGGAGGAGGAGGAGGAGAAGAACAGUCCGGUGGUGAAAAGUGGGGGAAGAUGGUCCACAACGCCGCCUGGAGCCGGAGCCUCCUCUGCCUGGCGCUGUGUCUGGGCUGCGCGUCCCCGCCGUGCGAAGCCCGGAUUUACACCAACCACUGGGCGGUCAGGAUAGCCGGGGGACCCGCGGUGGCCGAGCGGAUAGCGGAGAAAUAUGGCUAUAGGAACAUGGGACAGAUUGGGGAUCUCAAAGACCACUAUCACUUCUACCAUAGUCGAACAAUCAAGAGAUCAACAUUGUCCAGUCGUGGUCGCCAUAGUUUCAUCUCCAUGGAGCCCAAGGUGGAGUGGAUAGAACAGCAGGUGGUGAAGAGGAGGAUCAAGAGGGAUUAUAAACCAUCUCCGCCCCUUUCUCAGACAAGCCCCGCCUACAGCAACCAGGCCCAAAACAACAUAUUCUUUAAUGAUGCCAAGUGGAGCAGUAUGUGGUACAUUCACUGUAACGAUGACGUCCACAACUGCCAGUCUGACAUGAACAUCAUGGGGGCGUGGAAGAGGGGCUAUACGGGCAAAGACGUGGUGGUGACCAUACUAGAUGACGGCAUCGAGAGGAACCACCCAGACCUUUUUCAGAACUACGACCCUCAAGCAAGUUACGAUGUCAACAGUAACGAUCCGGAUCCCAUGCCGCGAUACGAUGCAACCAAUGAGAACAAACAUGGUACACGAUGUGCAGGUGAAGUUGCUGCCGCUGCAAACAACUCCCACUGCAUCGUGGGAAUUGCCUACAAUGCCAGAAUAGGAGGUGUACGAAUGCUGGAUGGAGAUGUGACGGACAUGGUGGAAGCCAGGUCUCUGAGCCUCCACCCGCAACACAUUGACAUCUACAGUGCCAGCUGGGGACCUGAUGAUGAUGGAAAGACUGUGGAUGGACCAGCGUCUCUGGCCAGACAGGCCUUCGAGAAUGGCAUCCGCAUGGGGAGGAAGGGCCGUGGCUCCAUCUUUGUAUGGGCUUCAGGUAACGGCGGACGUAGCAGAGACCACUGCUCCUGUGAUGGCUACACAAAUUCCAUCUACACCAUCUCCAUUUCUAGCACAGCUGAAAGUGGACGCAAGCCCUGGUACCUGGAGGAAUGCUCGUCCACACUGACGACCACAUACAGCAGCGGGGAGAACUAUGACAGAAAGAUUAUUACAACUGACCUGAGACACCGGUGUACAGACAGUCACACGGGGACAUCGGCCUCGGCUCCCAUGGCCGCUGCCAUCAUCGCUCUGGCCCUCGAGGCAAAUUCUCUUCUAUCGUGGAGAGACGUUCAGCACAUCAUUGUGAAGACCUCGCGAGCUGGACACCUCAGCGCUCCUGACUGGAAGACCAACGCUGCUGGUUACAAUGUUAGCCACCUGUAUGGAUUUGGUCUUAUGGAUGCAGAGGCAAUGGUGAAGGAGGCGGAGCGAUGGAAGCAAGUUCCCGCUCAACACAUCUGCGUGGAGAGCGCUGAUCGACAAAUCAGAACCAUCCGUCCAGAGCAUGUGGUCCGGUCGGUGUACAAAGCAACUGGAUGCACUGACAAUCCCAACCAGCAUGUGAUUUACCUGGAACAUGUGGUUGUGCGUAUUACGAUUACACACCCUCGUCGUGGGGACCUGUCAAUCAACCUGACUUCACCCUCAGGGACCAAGUCUCAGCUGCUUGCCAACAGGUUGUUUGAUCACUCCAUGGAGGGCUUUAAGAACUGGGAGUUCAUGACCACUCACUGCUGGGGAGAGAAGGCAGCAGGCGACUGGGUCCUAGAGAUCUAUGACUCACCGUCCCAACUUCGCAGCCAGAAAGUGCCGGGCAAGCUGAAGGAGUGGUCACUGGUGCUGUAUGGCACCUCUGUGCACCCAUACUCAUCUCUGCAUAUUGAUAAGCCUCGCUUAACAGAGAUCCUGACGCCCACUGAUGAGGAGUUCCCCGAAGAGUACAAUGGCCCCUGUGACUCUGAGUGCAAUGAAAAUGGCUGCGAGGGUCCUGGACCGCACCACUGCAUUAACUGUCUUCACUACUUCCUCAAGUUCAAAAACAACACCAGGAUGUGCGUCUCUGAGUGCCCCAGCGGCUUUUUCCGUGAUGACAGGAAGCGCUGCAAGAAGUGCUCUUCCUCGUGCGAGACCUGUGUCGGUAGUCGCAGUGACCAGUGCACCACGUGCAGGAGUGGGUUCCACCUCAACGAGGGCUCCAACACCUGCGUCGCCAGCUGUGCUGAUGGCUUCUACCUCGACAGCGAUUCCAACAUUUGCCGGAGAUGUCAAGAGAAUUGUAAGAGGUGUACGGCCUCCAACAUCUGCGCAGAAUGUAAACCUGGGAUGAGUCUUCAAGGAAACAAAUGUCAGAUGACCUGUCACCCGGGGACUUACUACAAUGGCCACAGACGGGCCUGUGAGCCCUGUCAUCGGGCUUGUGCAACCUGCGCAGGCACGGGUAUAGAGGCAUGCACCAAGUGUGCAGACGGCUACUUACUCGAAGACUGGAGGUGUGUGUCAACAUGCAGCUCUGGCUACUACCUGUCAGAACAGACCUCAGACAAUGGGCAUGUGCAGAGGUCCUGCAAGAAGUGUGACAAUAGCUGCUACGAGUGCUUGGGGCCCGGGGAGAGAAACUGCAGCAACUGCGUCAGUGGUUACAAUCUGGAGGGAGGAGCCUGCGUGGUCAGCACCAUCUGCAAAGAUGCAAAUGAAGAAUCUUGGGCAGAAGGCAGUUUCUGUGUGCUUGUUAAAAAGAACAAUCUCUGCCAGAGGAGAGUUCUGCAGCAACUGUGCUGCAGAACGUGCUCACAAAAGGGGUGACGGGACGUUGUCACUGGGCCAAAAGGGAGUCCAAGGGGGGACGUGGGGGCACAGGGGGCACCCCUCCUUCUCAAACCUCCUGCCUGCGCAUUCACAGUCACAUAAUUUAUAAGAAAAUCUGUGCCUCGUAAAGGGACUGCAUCGGAGGUGCGAUGACAGAACUACAACAAACCUACCUUUUUUCUGUACUGGGACACACACACACAUGGUCAGGGUGUAAAAUGACUGGGACUUACUUCAAGAACAAAUGAGCAAACGAAAACAAACGUGAAAACAAACAAAAGAGUAAAAGUGUCGGUAUUUUGUGACCAAAGCAUUGAUGCCAAAAUAAUUGAAUCUUCUUUUUUGUUGCCAGUAUGCAAAGCAUAGCUAAAAACAGUUUAAAAUAGGAGCCCCUCAGCCUGUGAAUCUCUGAAUACGUCUGUGUGCAUUUUUGUUUUGGCUUCUCUUCCUCCUUUCUUUCCAGUGUUAACGAUAAACAGAUGGAAAGCGAACAUACAGUAGGAAAGGCCACGGUUUUCUGCCUGUAAAUAUAUGUCAAAGGAGAAAAAAAAUCGCUCACUCAGUAAUGUGAAAACGAUGCAUGUCUGGGCUGACUUUAGGGGAGAAAAGACAAAUUCACACUUUUAUAUAUGCUACACACACCAUGUUGAGAUGCAUAUAUACCACACACAUGCACUUAUUAACCUGAAUGCAGAUGCAUCAAUCAGAAACAGACCUUACUCUAUCACCAUAUGCCAAGACUAAUGCCCGCUACGGACCAGAAUCACCUCAUUUCAUUUCCUUAAAACAUGAACCUGCCGUUUGAAUAGUGUGUUUGUCUUUAUUGGUGGGUCUAGGAGAAUGCCAUUAAUUCUUGAUGUAAGCCCAGACAGCAUUGAUUUGUUCAAGAAGUCCUACAGCAUGAGUCAAUAAUCAUUCCUUCCAGAGCAUUUUGCAGGGAGGGAAGCUCUGCAGAAAGUUAUAAUGAAAUCGUGGUACUGGGGAUGUACCGAUGCCAACCUUUUUUUCAUGAAGACUCUCAACAUGAAACUUUGGCCUCAAACUGGCUAUUCUUUAAAUUCAUUACAGUGACUUAACAAUUUAAGGCUUUGUUGGAUCAAGAAAGUGAAAUAUAAUUCCGAAUUGUUACAGGGAUCUGAAAUUCUUUUAUAUGUUGGCUUAAUUUUUCCACAGGCCAUAUAUUACCCCACUGAAGGGAACUUUGUCCAGGAAUGGUAUUUUAUCUGUAUCGGUGCAUCCCUACAUGUUUAAUAAAGUAGAGUUUUAGAAGUUUCUGCCCUCAUCAUUCCAUUUCAAUGACAAUGCAUAUCAACUGAAGGACCCUGCUACACUUUUAGACCCAGAAGGUCAACAAUUGGCACAGAAAAUGUUGUCAAUUUUUAUCUGCAAGUAAAGGUCACUGACAGACAGACGGACAGCAAACACUAUUCAACUUUUUUUUUUUCUUUUAAAUUCUGAAAUGUUUAAAUUUCAGAAUUGGGAAUUGUCCAAAUUCAUAUUUAGAGAGACAUUAGAUGAAACUUGAGUCUUUUUGAAGGUAAAACAAAGCUUUUAUUUUAUUGUAUUUGUCUCCCCUACGACAGAACCGGAUAAGAUUUCUCAGAAAUACAAUUCACGUAGUGCCAAAAUGGAGUUUCUCUUUCUGUCUGUUACUGAACUUUACCUGAUGGAGCUCAAACAGGUGCUGGCCUCAUAAAGAAUGGCCAAAAAAAAAAGAAAGAAAAAAAGUUUUACUUUGUGGGUUUUUAUGCCUGCAGCUUGAGCAUUUACAGUAUUAGAUGAAUUGUUGUACUGUCAACUGGUUAUGGUUCUUGAUUUGUAAUAAAGAUUGAUGAAUCCCCUGUUUUGGUUAACAAAAACUUAAUCUUGGUCAUUGUUUAAGAUGACUUGUGUCUGUGUGUGAUAGUAGAGAUACACACACCUCGUAUAAAGCUGUUUUUAUUGUGUGCUUGUGACAUAUCUGUGACAAUGCAUUAUUAAUGUUACUCAAAGUCCUAGUUUUGAAAAUCUUUUUUUUUUUUUUACUUAAAUGUUCUUAUUAAAAUGUUUAAUCUGUU